AUGCCACAGGCAUCCGACAACCUGCAUCAACAUGCGAUCAGCUCUGUCACCAACUGUAUCGAUGUCACAGACCUUGAGAAAACCGUGCCCCAGGAUGGCGAUCUCGUCAACGAUGCAAUAUACUGUUUCGACUGGAAGAACUUGACUGUCAGCGUUGGGGACCGAAACACCAAACAAUCAUUGCCAAUAUUGCUCGACUCGCAUGGCUACGUCGAAGCUGGCGAGAUGCUCGCCAUCAUGGGACCGAGCGGAGCUGGGAAGACGACGCUGCUGAAUGCCAUUGCGCAUAGGUCUGUAGCAGCUUCCGCGACGGUUGAGGGUCAAUGCCUAGUCAACGGACGACCUACAGAUCUACAGCAGCUUCGUUAUCUCUCGGCUUACGUCGGACAGGAGGAUGCAUUGAUUGGCAGCUUGACUGUAAGGGAGAUUAUGUCGUUCGCAGCAGGCCUGUCGUUGGCAAGCCGAACGAAGGCGUCGAUUCACCAGCCGUCGACAGCCACCUUCAAUCUCUUCGACAAGCUAUGUCUGCUCGCAAAGGGCGAGACUUGCUACUUCGGCAAGCUGAGCGAGACAGAGAACCACUUUGCCAGUGUAGGAUACAACAUGCCACAUGUCAACACGGACCUGGCCCGACAAGGAGAUGCAACCUAUCUUCGGGUGCAAAGGAUUGCCCAUGUAUGGCGGCAGGGUCGGCUUGCCGCAGAGCUUCACCAAGACAUUGGUAACAGCACGUCAAGGGGCAUGCAGUCAGACAUUUCUAUGAUGAGGACGGAUCGUCCAGCCCUACUCGACACGAUUGUUGUACUUUUGCACCGUGCGUGGAUCAAGGCCUUCCGAGACGUUAUCGCGUACGGCAUCCGGGGCGUCAUGUAUCUUGGUCUUGCGAUAUUGAUGGGGACAGUCUUCCUGCGCCUCAAGGACCGUCAAGCAGACAUCUUUCCCUAUACUAACGCCAUCUUCUUCGGUGGAGCGUUCAUGUCCUUCAUGGCAGUGGCUUAUGUACCGGCCUUCCUGGAGGAUCUGCAUACCUUCCGGAAGGAGCGCGCCAACGGCCUGGUUGGACCGCUCGCCUUCAACAUUGCAAACUUCAUCAUCGGGUUACCAUUUAUGUUCAUGAUAUGCUUCGUGUUCUCCGCAGUGGAGUACUUCCUGACAGGCUUCCGAGACAAUGCGGACGCCUUUUUCCGGUUCCUCAUGUGGCUCUUUCUGGAUCUGGUUGCCGCUGAGUCGCUGGUUGUCCUUCUCAGCACGAUCUUUCCUGUCUUUGUUGUCGCUUUGGCCGCCACAGCGUUUGCGAAUGGUCUCUGGACGUGUGUGGACGGUUUCUUAGUCCCUUUAGAUAUCCUUAAUCCGUUCUGGAAGACUACAUCGAUCAUCAAGCUUAUGUCUUCUCAGUAUUAUUGCAUGUAUCAAGACUCGCUCAAUGCCCAAGGCAAGUUCAGGGGCACUGCCGUUUUGGGAUCCCUGAGCAUUAAGACCGGGCUGCAGUCGUACUGGAUUGCGUACAUGAUCGCCAUAAUCGUCGGCUAUAGGGUGCUGGCGUAUUUGGCAUUGUGGGCACGAAAGUGUUAG